GCUAUAGCUUGGAAGUGCUGAUUUCAAUCUUGUCGAAAAAUUAAAACUCACAAAGCAAUGAUUGAAAUUAACAAGCUACUGAACUUUGCAUUGCCCCCAUUAUCACUAAUUGUCAUCUUCAUCUUCACGCCACCUUUGCUCUUAGUGAAGCUGCUUAUGUGUGUUAAAAAGUUUCUAUACACCGAAAACGUGGCAGGGAAAGUAGUAUUAAUCACUGGAGCAGCCUCAGGGAUUGGCGAGCAAGUAGCAUAUGAAUAUGCUAGGCGCGGAGCAAAGCUGUCUCUGGUUGACAUUAGAAAGGACAAACUUGUAGCAGUGGCUGAUAAGGCACGAUCUUUGGGUAGCCCUGAUGUUACCAUCAUUGGUGCAGAUGUAUCCAAGGUCCAAGACUGUAACCGCUUUGUUGAUGAAACGGUGAACCACUUUGGAAGACUGGACCAUCUGGUAAAUAACGCUGGAAUUAGUCGUAAGUCUGUAGGGGUGGAGGAUUGGCUUGAUGUUUCCGAAUUCACUCCGAUUAUGGACAUUAACUUUUGGGGAGCAGUUUAUGGCACUUUAUAUGCAAUCCCACAUCUCAAAAUAAACAAGGGUAGGAUCAUAGUGAUUGCUUCAGGUUGCGGAUGGUUCCCACUACCAAGGAUAAGUAUCUAUAAUGCGAGCAAGGCAGCGGUAAUAAACUUCUUUGAGACUCUGAGAAUGGAACUUGGUUGGGAUAUUGGCAUAACUAUCGCCACACCCGGUUUUGUCAAAACGGACCUUACAUUGAGGGCAAUGGAAUUUGAGCCUACGGUGGGAAGAAUUCCAAUGGGGUCAGCAUGUGAAUGUGCUAUAGCCAUUGUGGACAGUGCAUGCAGGGGAGAUAUGUACGUCACAAAUCCAUCGUGGGUCAAAGUGUUGCUUCCUUGGAAGUUGCUUUGUCCUGAACUUGUGGACUGGGCCUGUUGCUUGGUCUUUGGGGUUUCUCAAAACUCGUCUAGCAUGAAAGGCAAUCUGCAUGUGUCCAGGAUCCCAGAGCUUAAGUUAGAAUAAAAUUAAUUAAUGUUAGUUUGUGGCAAAUGGAUGUAACUUGAAAGUGUUUGUGACAGAGAAAGAUACAACAUAAUAACAGCAGAACUUAUUAUUUUUAUAUAGGAUUAUUAAUUUUAUUUUUGUGUCUUUUCUUUUUUGGCAUUAUGAUAGUUAAUUAAUACUACGAGGAACUUGGAAAUGUUCUUUCUUACA